CGUAAUAUAUCGAAAAUUCUGCUCAUUUAGCGAAUAAUAGCCAUCUGUUUACGAGGAGUCUUGCUAGUGUAUAGGAAUAAUUUCCGGGUGCAUGACGUAUUAGACAAUUGACAGAUAUUUUAGCCAAUAGGAAUGCUGUUUUUUAUUCCGUUUAGCCAAUAAACAUUUAGCUUUUCACUGCCGCUUUGGGACAUGGCUAAAGCUAAUGCUAAUGUUUAUGGCAAUGUAUCAUCUUUUUGCUCAUAUAGGAUAACGUUACAUAUUUUUCAGAGAGGAUGGUCAUUCCUAUAAUUUAUCAAAUAUAUGUUACAUUCAUGUUAAUAGCAACUUUGCAUCUCCUACAGAGAUUUAUUAAGGCUUAGCUAACAAGCUCCGGUUAGCUUCAAACUGUCUGCCCAGUUAACGUUAGCAGUUUAUUAAGUUAAAUAUCUUGUUUCACGUUUUGGGGUUUUUUAAAAAUACUUUUGUUCAGGAAUUGAAAGAAAUACUCGACCUUUUUACAUUUUCAUUAACUAUGUGUGAUUCAGAUUAAAGACGUGUUGCUGAAGGCUGUAGGAGACACUCCUAUAAUGAAAACAAAGAAGUGGGCAGUGGACAGGGGGAGGACGGUACAGUCCCUGUCUCAGUUCAUCUCUCGCUUCCUCAAGCUUGAGGCCAAUGAACAACUGUUCAUUUAUGUUAACCAGUCUUUUGCUCCCUCGCCGGAUCAAGACGUAGGAAUCCUAUUUGAUCGAAGACCUCAAAGUCCAGAAUUCACAGUGAACAUUUGAUCAUCCCACCGCUCUCCCUGCUUGGCAGUCGUUUGGCAGUGAUGGCAAGCUGGUUCUACAUUACUGUAAAUCUCAAGCUUGGGGUUAAACUGCUUUCUUCGACUCCAUUUUGGACCACCCAUUUUCCUAAAUACAUCCUCCAAACAUGUACACAAUGUCUUGCUUUAUUGACAUUUGUUGUCUUUCUGUUUUUCUGUACAUAUAUAUUGUAAAUAAAUUAUUAUGACUAUAUUAAUCUCUUUCUACUCUUUUUAAGGCAUCACAGUUGGCAACCAAAAAGUAAACACUUAAUGUAGUGGGCGCAUGAUUUGGCUUUGCACAUGGCUAGUGCUGAUUAAAGGAAAGAAGGAAAAGCCCAUAUGGAUAAAUUGGUUCACGGUUUUAUCCACCCUCUUAUAUGUGUAAUAAUUGAAUACUUAGUAAAAAUCAAAGUGGUGAGGAGCUUAGACUGGUGGUAAAGGUUUUGGGAGGUUGAUAAGGAACCACCUCUAAAAAGGGACAGAUGCAGGAAGAGAGGGGGCACUACAGUAACAGAUGGACUUAGAGGGAUUACAUGACUCUGGAUGGGUUUGUGUCAUAAAUUCCCAAGAAAGACAGAAAACAGAGUAGAGCGGCGUGGAGACAGACACUCAGUCGCUCCGUGAGUCUUGCAUUUCUGUCCGACUAUUGGCCAGGAGGAUUAAAGGGGGGAGUGCAGCUGGAGAGGUAAGGGUCACUGAUGCUCAUCCUGGAGGAGGAAUACUGGUGACCGAUGCAGAGGGAAAAGACAAAGAGGGUGGUGACACGGAGCAUCCGUUCAAGAUGGAGCAACCAAAAUCAAGCUUUUUGAUUAAGGUUAAUCGAGGAUUGUAGGAUUAGAGGACUGCAAGAAGUGACAAGUGAAAGUGUUGCUUUACUGCUUGCUUUGUGGCAGUUACCUUGUGUUUGACCUGAAGCACCACAAGGGACAAGAAAAAGGUCUUUGGUAGGUGCUUGUCACUGAUUAUUUUAGCACGAUUAGUCACUCGACAGGAAAAUAAUCAGCACCUAUUUUGAUUAAUAGAUUAGUAGAAAAAUAAUGAGUCUUAUUUUCUUUGUCAUUUAUGAUCAUAAGAUGAAUAGAUUCGGGUUUUGGACUGAUAAUCAAAUAAAGUGACAUAAAGAUUUUGCUUAAGGCUUUGGAAAAUUAUAAUUCCCAUUUAUCAGUAUUUUAUGACAUGGACUAAAUGUAAUCAAGAAAAUAAUUGUUGCAGCCUUAAAACUAACUGAUAUAUAUUGCUUUUCCUAUUUAAGCCUAAAUUGAGCUUUCUGAUAAAUUGAUAAUACAGUUUUCAGGUAGUUUGCUAUCAUAGGAUUGUUAAAUGAGACAAAUUCUGUGUGAGGCAGUUUCCAAUCUAUUUUUUAAUAUUUGCCAAGAUUGAUAAACCUGUCAGUACAUUUGGAAAUCAAUAAUCAGUCAGUGUCAUAGAAUUUUGAGUUUUCCUGUAAGAUUAAUGAAAGUUUAUAUUGUUCUUCAUGCUCGAUGUCGGUAAUUCUUCCAAAAUUGAAUGAUUAGCCUGCAUCCAACUUGUUUAUGCUGUAAACUUUUGCAAAUAAUAGUGAUAAAUUCACGAGAUAUAUAGAGUUCAGGUCUUCUUACAACCAAGGACACAUACUGUAUAUAUUUGUCUUUUAAUAUUUCAGAAAUAACAUAAAACACAUUUAGGCUGUAGUGUUUAUAAGUUUAUUUUUAAUAUAUAAGAUUGUACAAAUCUUUUUACAGAUACAAUAAAGACAAUCUAGACAAGUGCAGAAAUGUACAGAUGUAUACAGACCGUAGAUUUUUGCCUUUAGUAGCAGCCAUCAUCUCGUCCAUUAAUUAAUUUUUUUUUUACCAUGUUUUAUGUUGUUCUUUUACAUAUUUUAAUCAGCAUUAUUCACAUACCAGAAAUCAGCAUGGGUCAGUUCCCAUGUAGAUUAGGGAUUGUGUUUAAUUCACUUGGUUAAACUAAUGUCCUGUUGUAUUGCAGGGGCUGUGGGCUGACACUGUGGGAGACAUUGCACGAGAGAGUCAGCCAACAUGGUCAGAAUGCACAAAAACUCACCUAAAACAAAAACCUUCAAGCAGAUUAUGAGGGAUUACUAGCAAAAAUUUCAUUCAGAUCUGUGGCUUAUCCAUAAUUUCAUCAAAAAAGUCAUCUCUUGUUUUUUCUCCCUUCCGUUUUGUCUUCUGCGUAGAGUCCAGCAGUGGAGUUCAUAAUGAGCGGCAGGUUCCUUCCUGAGUGUGUUAAUCAGGAAGCAGGAAGAUAUUAGCCUGAGCCACAGGGGAUCACACAUUUCUUAUUCCUACAUAACCCCUCCUUAUAAACACAGAGAGAGGAGCUAUGAGACUUCAGGUAGUUUAAUGACUCAAGGGGCAUUCAAGAAAGUUAGAUGUCACCAUAUGGACACCCUGGAAAUAGCCUUUGUGUGUCCCAUUCAGCCAUUUAAUACCACAUUCUUGCCAGGUGAUGAAUUGCCUUUAAGUAUAUCCUCUAUCUCUACAACUCUUAAUGAUUAAUUCUAGUAUUUUUAAAUAACCUUGUGCUUUUUUCGGUUCAGUCACACUGAUCUAAUAAGUGCACACAAGUGCUGAGUGUACACAUGCUGAGGUCAGGGGGUGACAUAUCACAUUAAAGCUGUCUGGCCAGCAUACGAUUAUGUCCCUGCAUCCUACCUUACCCUCCCAGUGUGAACCAUCGUCCACCUGAAUCCCAUCUUGUUAAUUUUUGCAGUCUGUCUCUCCUUUCCCACGUGUAUCAACUUCAGAGCAUCUUAGCCCGCUCCCUCCCCUCUGCUCUCUUCAUCUUCUUCUCUUUUAAUCACGCAACUUUACAGUAUCACUUUGUCAGCUGUGUUUGUCCUCUUCUACCGGUAGUGUUACAUCACGUUUAUCUUUGCUUUCUGUUUCAACCUGGCAGCUCAUCCCCUCUUAAAACCACCCCAAAGCAUCUGUCCAUCUGUGACUGCGGUCAUACCCUGUGUGCUGUUUGUCCUCUUCCCAAGUGCCGCGUGCCCCUUCUGCCCCCUUUUUGCCAUACUUUCGCCCUCUGUCUCUCUCUGGCCUCCCCCUGCCUCCCACCUCUCCUGUGUGGCCAUGCUGGAGCGUAUGUCCCGUCGCUCUCGCUCUCUGCUCUCCCUGACCUUGACCUCUCUGGCUCUGGCCCUGUCCAUCCUGGCUCUAUGCACCUCUUACUGGUGUGAGGGCACUCACAAGGUGGUCAAGCCCCUCUGCCUGUCACCCGUCAAAAUGAAGAACUGUGGUCAAAACAACAGCGAGCCUUACACCACAGAGAGUCCCACUCAGAACCCUUUCAACCGCACACUGUCCCCAGCCAGGAGGGACGAGCUGGCCAAGAUCAGACAGAGGCAGCUGGCCAACGCGGUCCACUAUAUCUGGGAGACAGGCGAAGACAAGUUUGCUUUUAGAUACUUCCACACUGGUUUCUGGGAAAGCUGUGAGAAGCACAGCGAUGGGGAGAAGUGUCGAAGCUUUAUUGAGUUAACCCCAGGAGAAACACAAGGUGUGCUCUGGCUGUCAGUUAUUUCAGAGUUUACAUACAUCGGCCUGCUGGGGAUGGGCUUCUUACUGAUGUGGCUGGAAGUCUUGUGUUCCCAUAAGGAGAUGCACUCGCUGAAGAUCAAUGCCUAUGCAGCUAUCUGUACUGUGCUAUCAGGUCUUCUUGGGAUGGUGGCCCAUAUGAUGUACACCACAGUCUUUCAGAUGACAGUCAUUGUGGGCCCCAAAGACUGGAGGCCUCAGACCUGGGACUACGGCUGGUCAUUUGCUCUUGCCUGGGUAUCCUUUAGUUGCUGUAUGGGCGCCGCCGUGGUCACACUCAACUCCUACACAAAGACCAUCAUCGAGCUCCGUCGCAAGCAGAGGCUCCGCCUGGAGGAAGCGAGAGCCGCCACUCAUGCUCCAUCCUAUGACGAGGUCGUUCCUGGUGGCGGGCUCUACUCUGUCAGUGGCCUAUUGCAGUGUCCAGACGGCAUGAUUGAUGUGGCGUGGGCUCCAAACGGCAGUGUGGUUGGAGUGGGAAAUGGGGAUAUACCGACUCUGGUUUUAGUAGGAGGCUGCGGGCCAGAGGGAUGUGAAGACUGUGAGAGAGAGAUGGAUGAGAUGGAGGAUGUCAUGGACCGUGUAUAUUCACCUUGUUAGGGGAUCAUUUAUAUCCAAAAACUGACAGAGGAAGGAUACUGUCAACGUGCGGGAGAAGGAUCAAUGUGAGCAUACUUUGACUAUAAAAUGAAGUUGGGACAUACUCAUUGCACUUCAAAGCCAGUGGAAUCAACAUGUAAAGACUACAGUGCAUGCAUAGGUCACAGUGACAUGCAAGACUACAUAUUUUCUGGGUAUUUCUCAGUGCCUCGUGGCAGGAAAGUCUCUACAUGUAAAUGCAUAUCUAUGUUUUUUAUUAAUUAUUUUAUUGUUUAUAUAUUAACAUGCAUUGCAUCAAGACAAUGUGAUCAUUAUACUGCACAGACGGGAUGGAUGCUUCUUCUCCUGUUGAAACCUAAUCAGAACUCCCUGUUAUUUAGAGUAAAUAUGCAAAAGCUUCUCAUUUAUCGGUGGGACAUUCAACAUGUUUUAUGUCUUUUCAAGCUCGUCUUCUUUCUCUUGUGACUAUCUUUUUAUGCAAUGUCUGUGUACCAGAAGCUACAAACAAACACAGCCUCUCUGCAGAUGCACAGACAAACCCCUACGAUAGACACAUAGAGAUAGAAAGAUUACAGAGAUUUUGAAAAGUCUGCUCUCUGAUGUUGAACAGAAGAUUAUGUGUAAACCAGUAAUCCCGAGUUGGAUGGAAAGAAGGAGGAAAAGAGUGAGGAGAGAUGGAAGGGAUGGAGAGGGAGAGGGCUGCGUGGGGGGGUCAGAAUGAAAGUUAGAAAGAAAUGCAGGAAUGCACACCCACUAGACAAUUUGUACCAUGCACCAUGAAAAAAAUCACACUUUCAGGGAAAUAACUGUUUAUGAGUGGAUAUUACAUUCUGCUAUUUACUGGGUUUAACGUAAAAUUAUAAGCGCAACAAUUUCUAAAGCUAAAUAAAUGUACCUACGUUUACCUUAAAUGUCUGUAGGUUAUACAUGUGGGAUAAUCCUGGAUUUUCUGUUUGGGAUAAAUACAAUUGAAAACCUACGACAUAAAGCACCAUUUUUGUCAUUCACCAGCAUUAUAUUAUACAGUAUGUUUCUAGGUCAUAGAAGAAUUUGUUGUUUUUUGGGAAAGAUAAAUAAAGCAAUUUUCAAUGCAAAGAUCUAUGAGAAAACCUUUUAUUUAUUGUACAGUGAAUAAAGUACAACAUUUCUAUGA